AUGGCGGCCGAACAGAGAAAGCUGCUGGAGCAGCUCAUGGGAGCGGACCAGCUCAUGGGCACUGGUGCCGCCUCCCGCAACGCGCAGCUCUCCAUCACUGAUCCCAAGAUCUACUUUUUUUUUGUUACCAUCUGGCUAACCUUGCCCCCUCGCGACCAGCUGAAACAAAUCUCGGAGCUCACCAAGACGAUUAACACGGGCCUGCUCGAGGUCUCUGUCCUGGGCGAGAUGGGCUGCGUCUCCCAGGCUUAUAACGAGCUGUUCAAGAUCCGCACAGCCAAACACCAGAAAGAGUCCUGCGAGCGCGAGCUCAAAAACCUUGCUGACACGUCCGGCCCGUCGGGCCACCAGAAGCUGCAAGUCUGCGACGUUUGCGGUGCCUAUCUGAGUCGACUCGACAAUGAUCGCCGGCUGGCGGAUCACUUCUACGGGAAGAUGCACAUGGGAUACUCUGACAUGCGCAAGACGUAUAAGAAGCUGAGCGAGGAGCUGAAAGGAAGGCCGCCGCCAGCCAGGCAUGAUGACGGUGGAUACGGCGAUGAAGGCGGCUGGGGUGGACGAGGUGGUGGAGGCGGUGGCGGACGAGGAUAUCGGUCAGGAGGUGGUGGAUACAGGAAAAAGGGAGGAGGGAGGUGGUGA